UAACUGAAUGGAGUGGUCCAUUUUCAUACAAAGGUGCUUUCAUCUUCCAAAAUCCAUUUUGCAUUUCAAAGACAACUUCAACACAUACAAUUCAUCCUUCCCCUUUCUGCCCCAUCCUGCCAACAAAGGCAGUCCUCAAAGCUUUGAAACUGAGGAUGGCUUGUGGGGGGCUCAGCUUCCAGCUGCAUGUAUUCAUCCAGAAAAAGGUUUAUGUCUAUUAAUAGGGGUUCCAUACUGCCUGGGGGCAUUUCUAGCACAGGACUUUAAAUAGAGCAGGAUUAGGAUCUUGAGUAACUGCUCCAUCUUCUGUACAGGGACACUCAAAUUAGACUUGUGUCGUCUCUCGUCCCCACUGACCUGAAGUUGUUGUAUUUUUUAGGAAGGCUUUUGGAUGGUUCUUGUUAUGAGAGUGGGUAAAAGAGGAUACGUCUUAAUGAACCAGGGAAGUACUACGAGGCAGACAACCUCCAGCUCAAGGUGCCGCACCUUGAGGAUUUAGCCCGUUAGCCUGAGCUCUUGGUCUUAAUCAGCCUCUUAGCGGUGAAGCUAACUUGUUUGGCUACAGUCAGGACAGUGUUGUUGGUCAACAGUGUUGUUGACAGCAGUGUGGUUCACCGGCCUGGAGUACAGAGCGGUUUUUGCAGCUGUUUUGAAUUGACGUUACGCCUCGGCCAUGGGAGUGACGACCUCCAGGGACUACAGAUACCAUCAGGCUGCGGACCGACCCUUUAAGGGCUUAAGGUCACUGAAAUGCCGGAACGAGCCCCUGAGGAGGGAGGGCCCGCCGUGGAAGAGUGAGGUCCCGAUGACGGAGGGCCAGCUGCGGGGCAAGAGGGACGAGUUCUGGGACACGGCGCCGGCCUUCGACGGCAGGAAGGAGAUCUGGGACGCCCUCAGGGCGGCGGCGCUGGCCGUGGAGGUCAACGACCUGGGGCUGGCCCAGGCCAUCGUGGACGGAGCCUGUAUUACCCUGCCCCAUGGUUCCCUCACAGAGAGCUACGAUGAGCUGGGCAACCGCUACCAGCUGCCCGCGUACACGCUCGCCCUCCCCGUCAACCUCCUCACAGAAACCACCUGCAGCAAAGACCUUCCCCCUGCCUCAGAGACCCCCGCCCCGCCCCCGCCGCCCAAACAGGAGUUCCAGCUCCGGGUUCGGCUGUCCAGCGGCAAGGACCUGCGUGUGACGGCCACAAUGGCUGACUCCAUCUGGGAGCUGAAGGGGAGGCUGCAGGCGCAGCACGAGAUCGACGUGUCCCACCAGCGGUGGUUCUUCUCUGGGAAGCUGCUCACCGACAAGACCCGGCUACAGGACACCAAGAUCCAGAAGGACUUUGUCGUCCAGGUGAUCGUCAACCAACCCCCUGCGGUCACCACCGGCUAAAGGCCUAGCUAUGGUUCCACAUUGACGCAGCGCGAGGGGGUUAGAGGACCCUUACGUCCUUGCGGACCCUCUUUGUGUACCCCGCAAGGGCCUGACGUGCGCCUCGUAAAAAUGUUGACCUUGUGUCGAGGCGACGCAGCAGCGAGGGCUGUGAUUGGUCCGCUCACUUAAACCUGACGUAGAACCAAAACAGGUUCACGACUGCGAAUUCGUGAAGUGACUUUGUGGUCAUUGCGUUGCGUCAACGUGGAAACAUAACUUAGCCUUACCUGAGGAGGGCUGUGUUGGGGGGGGGAGGGGGGGGGGGGGGGUUGAUGGCAGAGAUGAUGGCUGGAAGAAAAGAGGCCAGGCUGAGGGUUAUCAUAAAGGUGCAUUUAUAUUCCAGCAGUGGAUGCAGCAAACUUUUGUGUACAUUUUUGUAUUCAAAGUGGUUUAUCUUUCUUUUCUUUUUGUAAUUCUCCUUUUUAUAUCUUUCCUUUUCUCCAAACUAAAAUAGGUGUAAAAAAAAAAGCACUGAACAAUAUUGUCGUUGAAAUGGUAGAAUUGGGAGAUUCUUAUGCUUGUCAUUUUCAACAUAAGGCCUCACCACUACACUGAGCUGGCUUGAAAUUAUUAUUUGUUCACAUGUGCCCUCCUUUUUGUUCUGCUUUUCUGUCCCUGUGUUAUCAUUGACACAACAUGGUGGGUGUCCGGUUUUCUGUAGGUUUAUUUAUACUUUCUGUAUGUUGAAUUGAGAAGUGUUUAGAAUAAACAAUGCAUUAAACACCAUCUCAAUUUGACAUUUGACCAUGUAAAUAUGUAAAAUAGAUUAAGAGUGAACAUGCUGUAUUUCACAAUUGUAUAUUUCGAUUUUUUUAAGUGAAUAAAGUGGUAUACUUUCUCAAGUAUGUUGCUGAAUUUAUUUUUUAUUUAUUUCACAAUUGCUGCUGCAUUUAAAGAUGUUAUGCUCAACUUUGUAUGUAGGAUUACCAUGGGGUAUAUUAUACCAAGAUGCUACUUGUGCAAAACUGAAUUGUGAAUAAAACAUGUAAAUUUACCUAA